AUGCAGCAACUAUGGAAUCGAUUCCAAAAGUCCCCAUCAGCUGCAGCAGACCUGACAGCGACAGACGUAGGUGAAAGUCAAGAUGACGUGCAAGGACGACUAGGAAUGUUUUUGUUGGUGGACAAGCCUUCCGACGCAAAGGGUAUUGUCGAUAUUAUUGCAUUGCAUGGGUUGAACGGCCAUCCGACUGAAAUUUGGACUGCAUAUGCUAAGGAAACAAGACUUAACUGGCUGAAGGACUUGCUGCCGACUGCUAUUCCUAAUGCCAGGAUCAUGUCCUAUGGGUAUGAAUCUUCGGUGCAGUUUAGCAAGUCGACUGCAGAUAUUGCCACGUUUGCUGAAGAUUUACUGGCCGAGAUCAUGUCGUGGAGAAUGGACGAGGAGAAAAAAGCGCGUCCGAUCAUCUUUAUUUGCCACAGUCUCGGUGGCAUCGUGUUCAAGCAGGCUCUUGUGAAGGCGCGCGAGCGCGAUCGGUUUACCGAAUUAUUGAAGAAGAUUCGUGGCGUAGCCUUCUUUGGAACACCUCAUGCCGGGUCCUCACUGGCGAAGUUUGGCAAUAUUAUGGCGUCCAUCAUUAAAUUGUCCACACUUGGCACGACCACGAAUGCAAGAGUUGUGGCCGUUCUCAAGAACAACUCGGAAACACUCUGGGGAAUCGCGAGAUCCUUCGUGGAUCGCAGAAAGGCGCUGCCGAUUGUUAGUUUCUAUGAAACACGAGAAAUGGCCUACCUGAACUCUUUGGUAGGUGGAAUUGAGCCUGAGAGAAAGUAUGAGAUCGAUCACUGA